CUUUUUUUUAUCAUCCUGCAUUCUUUUUUUACAUCAUCCCUUUUUUGUUUUCCUCCAUCCUCUUCAUUCUCUCCAUUCUCUCCAUCUCUUGGAUGUUUCUAUUUGUUAAUUCUUUCUUUUUAUCUUUACAUUUUUUUUAUUCAUUUAACUGCCUCUCUUUUUUUCUUGAACCAAGAGAAAAGCAAAGGAAGCUAUUUCAGGAACAACGCGCUGUUAAAAAUACAUCCAACUCCUACCCGUCUCAUUGGAUUACAUUGACAGACAUUCAUACAUUGGCUACCCUUUUAUGAAAGGAAGAAAAAAAAGAUAGGGUGAAACGGUGACAUUCAUUAGGACCACUUUUCAUACAUAUUCAUAUACACGCACAUUCCCUUGUCACACUCGCAAGUCAUAAAAAAAUGAUCAGCGCAUUCUUCAUCUACAACCAGAAGGGAGAGGUCCUCAUCUCGAGACUGUACCGUCAAGACCUCAAACGUUCGAUUGCAGACAUCUUUCGUAUUCAAGUGAUUUCGAAUACAGAUGUGCGUUCUCCUAUUAUCACACUGGGUUCGACUUCAUUCUUUCAUGUCCGACACGAGAACCUGUAUAUUGUGGCGUUGACGAAAUGGAACGCCAAUGCAGCAUUGAUUUUUGAAUUCUGUUAUCGAGUGAUUAAUGUGGGGCGAUCGUAUUUCGGAAAACUGGAUGAAGACGCUGUCAAAGCCAACUUUGUGGUUAUUUAUGAAUUGCUAGAUGAGGUCCUUGACUUUGGAUAUCCCCAGAACAGUGACCCAGAUACGCUCAAGAUGUAUAUUACAACAGAGUCUGUGAAAUCAGAGCGAGCGAUUAUGGAGGACUCUGCUCGAAUUACGAUCCAGGCGACAGGAGCGACAUCAUGGCGAAGGAGUGAUGUGAAGUACCGCAAGAAUGAAGCGUUUAUUGAUGUGAUUGAGUCUGUUAACUUGUUGUUAAGUGUACAGGGCAACGUGCUGAGAGCUGAUGUAGCUGGUCAAAUCAUGAUGAGGGCUUAUCUGUCUGGCACGCCCGAGUGUAAAUUCGGAUUGAAUGACAAAGUCCUCUUGGAGAAAGACCCUUCUAAUCGGAAGAGAUCAUCCAACACAGUCGAGAUUGACGACUGUCAGUUCCACCAGUGCGUCAAGCUGGGCAAGUUUGACAGUGAUCGCACCAUCAGCUUUAUACCUCCUGACGGUGAAUUCGAACUCAUGAGAUAUCGUACUUCUGACAACAUCAACUUGCCAUUCAAAGUACACCCUGUCGUGACAGAGAUUGGGAAAUCCAAGAUUGAAUAUCGUGUGCUGGUCAAGGCCAACUUUUCAUCCAAGCUGAAUGCCAACAAUGUAGUGCUCAAUAUUCCAACUCCACUCAACACGGCUGGCGUGACAUGCUCGGCCUCUGCAGGCAAGGCGAAGUACGUCCCGGGCGAGAACUCGAUUGUUUGGAAGAUCCCUCGGUUCCAAGGCCAGUCCGAGUAUAUGUUGACGGCUGAAGCAAACCUGACAGCAAUGACACACAAAAAGGCGUGGUCACGUCCACCAAUCUCAAUGGAUUUCCAGGUUCUUAUGUUCACGUCUUCGGGACUGCUGGUCCGGUUCUUGAAGGUCUUUGAGAAGAGUAAUUAUCAAUCUGUCAAGUGGGUCCGAUACAUGACCAAAGCAGGCAACUAUCAGAUUAGAUUUUAAGCAGCACAUUAUCUUCAUCAAAUCAAGG